AUGGCAGGCAUCUUCGAACAAUCGCGCAACCAGGGCACGCUCUUCCUAGGAGGCCAAAAGAUCAGCGGCGCAGACAUCCGUGACCAGAAUGUCCUCGCUACUCAGGCCAUUGCCAAUAUCGUCAAGUCGUCGUUCGGCCCCAGCGGGUUAGACAAGAUGAUGGUGGACGAUAUUGGCGAUGUUACCGUGACCAACGACGGAGCUACCAUCCUCUCACUACUGAACGUCGAGCAUCCCGCCGGAAAGAUCCUCGUCGAUCUUGCACAGCAGCAAGAUAAGGAAGUUGGAGAUGGAACGACCAGUGUGGUCCUCAUCGCGGCCGAGCUGUUGAAGCGCGCAAACGAGCUCAUGAAGAUGCGGAUACACCCAACCACCAUCAUCACCGGCUACAGACUAGCGUUGAGGGAAGCGGUACGAUACAUGAAUGAGAAUGUCAGCACAAAGGUCGACACUCUGGGCCGGGAUAGCUUGGUGAAUAUCGCAAAGACAAGCAUGAGCAGCAAGAUCAUCGGGUCAGAUUCGGAUUUCUUCGCCAACAUGGUGGUGGACGCUAUUACCAGUGUCAAGACCACGAAUGCGAGGAAUGAGGUCAAGUACCCGGUCAAGGCGGUCAACGUGCUCAAGGCACAUGGCAAGAGCGCGACAGAGUCGGUACUGGUGAAGGGAUACGCAUUGAACUGCACUGUGGCUUCGCAGGCAAUGAGGACACGGGUCACGGAUGCAAAGAUUGCUGUACUCGACAUGAAUCUGCAGAAGGAGCGACUGAAGAUGGGCGUCAACGUUGUGAUCGAUGAUCCUGCACAGCUAGAGAAGAUUCGUGAGCGGGAGUCUAGUCUGGUGACGGAGAGAAUCGAGCUGAUUCUGAAGGCUGGCGCAAAUGUCAUCUUCACCACCAAGGGGAUUGACGACAUGUGCUUGAAGCACUUUGUGGAGAAGGGUGCUAUGGCUGUACGGAGAUGCAAGAAGGAGGACCUGAGACGGAUAGAGAAGGCUACCGGCGCAACCAUGAUCAGCACUUUGGCGGACAUCAACACUGGUGAUGAUGUGUUCGAUCCCAAGGCGCUGGGAGAGGCAAAGGAGGUCACGCAGGAGCGCAUCUCGGACGACGAGUGCAUCCUCGUCAAGGGACCAAAGGUGCACACAGCGGCUUCGAUCAUUCUGCGAGGCGCCAACGAAUACUCUCUCGACGAGAUGGAGCGAUCAGUCCACGACUCGCUCUCAGCCGUCAAGCGAACUCUCGAGUCUGGUCGUAUCGUCCCAGGAGGAGGAGCCGUCGAGACUGCUCUGCACAUCUACCUCGAGGAAUGGGCCACCAGUGUUGGAUCAAGAGAACAGCUUGCAAUUGGUGCUUUUGCUGCCUCUCUGCUCGUUGUUCCAACCACCCUUGCGGUCAACGCUGCGAAGGACAGCUCCGAGCUUGUUGCCCAAUUGCGCUCUCGCCACGCCCUCUCACAACGCAUGUCAGAACCAGCAUCCGCGCAUCCUCCAGCACCCGCUAAUGGUGUACCGCCGUCGCCACAGCGCGCUUCGACGCAAGAGGUGCUUGACCGCGAUGCGAAAGCACUCGCCAAGGCGAAGGGCUACAAGAACUAUGGUCUCGACCUUGCGAAGGGCAAGGUGCAGGACUGCGUCAAGGCGGGUGUGCUGGAGCCCAGCAUGAGCAAGGUCAAGCAACUCAAGUCUGCAGUCGAGGCGUGCGUGGCCAUCAUGAGAAUCGAUACCCUGAUCAAGCUGGAUCCCGAGCAAAGAGGUGGCGAGGAUGAUGGCCACGGUCAUUAG